UACUCCAACAAAGUAAAUAAUUUUUUUUGGUAUAAAAAUGUUAUUCAUGUCUCCUCUGAGUCCUCUUGGCUCUCGCUCUGUAAUCGGUACUUAGGGCUGCUCUCAGGGUUUAAUUCCAGAGGUUUUCGGCUUCUUUCGCAAUGGCGACAGAUGGGAAGAGGAAUAAAACCGAUAAGGAAUCGAUUGAUUAUAUUUCGAGUUUGCCUGAAUCUGUUAUUCAUCGCAUACUCUCAUUGCUUCCCUUCAAGCAGAUCGUCAGUACUUCUGUGCUGUCCAAGACGUGGAAUCGUUUUUGGUCCAAUUACCCUAACAUUGAUUUGACGUUGGAUUUCGGGUUUCACUAUUGUCCUCGCCCUCAAUUCUUGUCUAUUUUCGAAGGGAUCAUGGACCAGUGCCUUUUUCGAAAAGAUUGCAUACAGAAAUUGGAUUUAAAUAUCAAUUUCCCUGUUCUUGAGGAGUUGGUGCCCUUUUUGGAUCGGUCGUUGGGGGCUGCAGUUGUGAGGAAUGUUUCUGAGCUAGUGAUUAAGAUCCAUUGCGGGAAGGAAAGGGAUGGUACAAACAGUUUGUAUUCUAUUCCUGAGGAAGUUUUUACUGGUUCCUUAAAGGUUUUAGAGAUGGAGAGAUGUAAGUUUGAGGGUCGCCAUGCUUGCAUUGAGCUUCCGUGUCUGCAGAAGUUCACACUUAAUUGCUGCACAUUCUUCGGUGAGAAUUUGUUAAAUAAGAUUCUAUGUGGUUGUCCUGAAUUGGAGUUUCUGGAUGUUUCGUUUUGUGAAGGUGUUGGAGAUUGUCUCUCUGUCGUUAGUAAACCUCGGUUGAAAUAUUUUAAUGUGUGUCAUCUUAAAGAGAUUGCGAGGAUUGAAGUCUUUGCACCGAGCCUUGAAACAUUCAAAUGCACUACAGUGACACCUUGUGCCAUUGACUUGGCUCGUUGCAGUGCCCUGAAAUGUUUGGAGUUGGGUGGGGCUGACCUAUCUGCUGAUUAUGUUCCCAUUCAGGAUCUUUUGUCUAAACUUCUCUAUAUUGAAAAAUUGCAACUGAGUAACUGUAGAGUUGCAGACAAAAUUGAGAUCUCGAGUUCAUGCCUCAAGAAACUAGUCAUCAUUGAUUAUAUCAACUUUCCCGGUGCAGAAAUUGACCUUCCAAAUUUACUCGAUCUAGACUUCUCGGUUACAGGUCCAUGUAAUUCUCGCAGUAACUUCAGUUCUUGGAAUCUUCCAAAGGUAGAAGAAAUUCACAUGGGAUUUUCAGUUCAAAGCUUUCGGGCUCUUUGCAGGGCUGGACUAAAAGGUUUUCUUAUGAAACUACAUAACUAUGAGAAUUUGAAUUUGCUUAUUGAAUGCAAAGGUUUACAGAUGCAGAACUUUAUUGUGUUUGAGAAAUUACAUGCCAUUUCCUUUUCUUCUCUCAAUACCUUCUUAAAGAAGGCAAUGCCACAAUUUAUUGUCAUAUCAUCCAGGAGAGUUGAAAAUUUAUCGGGUCGCAUGUUGAUUCCUAUUAGUAGACCCAUUAGUCUAUCAUUGAUAUGUUCUUCUCGCCGAAGCAUAGAGUUGCUGUAUAGAAAUCUGAGCAGUGACAAAAGUAUGCAGUUUGCAUGUAGUGAUUUCCUCUUGGUUUCUACUGAAGAGAUAGAAGAUGAAAUGGACCCUGCAUGGAAAUCCUUCAUAAAGAUGCAUUCAACUGGUUAUGAGACUGCGACAAUAAUCCUCCGUGGACGAAAUUGGUUGGGAGAUCUUGUUUGAAAGAGGCUUUGUAGAUAAGGGAGCAGAAGGGGUAAUUCACAGAAGAUUGGAGCUGUCACUACUUGAGAUAUGUCCUGUGUAAACUUUGUCUUGUGACUUGUUCAAGCCAAUAAAACCAAUAAACUGCUUAUUGGGAGUCAAACUUGUAACAUUAUAAUUACUUGAGGGGUUACCUCACUACAGUCAUUGACUUUAGUAAAUUUAGUCCCUAUUAUGGUAUCAGUAUGGCUUAUUGGUCAAAAAAUUGAAACACUUAUAUGGCUUGUGAAGAUUGUAUCAAAAUGUUUAAGUUUUGGUAAUUUAAUACACAAUACACAGGCAAUACACACUA